AUGGGUGUGGGGCCCGAGAGGGCGACGAUCACGCGGAUCUGGUGCUCUACGAGUUCUGGGGGGAUACCGACCUGGGCGACGCCGACGUCGACGCUGCGCGCGCCGCCGCGGUGGGGCAGGAACUCGAUGAGGAGCAGCUGGCCAACGCGGCGGCGGCCGUCAUGGAUGAGCAAGGAAGGCGGGCCCAGGAAGCGGGCCGAAGCGGAUGAUCUAAAGAAGGCGAUGGCCCCUCGAGUAGGAUUCGGCGAGCAGAAGUCGAGUAUCGACGAGCUCGAGGCCCGCGCCGAGUGUGUAAACUGUGGGCAGCGAGGGCGCUGGCAACGCGAGCGCGCCAAUCUUUUUCGCCCGAGGCCGAAGGGGCAAGCUCGAGACAGUGCGGAGACUUUGUAA